AUGUGGCCACCCAUCAACCCAUCAUAUCUCAAAUUGGCCCUCAAAUUUAAGCAUACACUAUGGUUCACAAUAAGUAUGGCAAAGAAGAAACAAGUGUCAGGGUUUACGAGUGACACCAAGUUUCAUUGCCCAGAAUGUGAGAAAGAGAUUCCUGUUGGAACAGGCAGUCAAGCAAAUCUGCAGUGGCAUAUCGACUUGUAUGGAUACUAUGGGGGUGAAGUGUCGUCUCAUGUAGUAAUGGAUCCAAAAAUCAAAGGGUGGGCCCUGAGUUCUAAUUAUAUUGGUGUCCAUUCAAUGCAACAACAAAAUCCAUCCAUCCAUGAGGUUCAUGUCAUAUAA